AUGGAUGAAGAUAAUUUUACAGUUGUUACUGAGUUUAUUCUUUUGGGACUGACAGACCAGGCUGAAAUGAAAAUUGUCCUUUUUGGGUUGUUCCUGGUGAUCUAUGCUAUUACCGUUGUGGGCAAUCUAGGUAUGGUCUUCUUGAUUUACAUCACUCCCAAGCUCCACACACCCAUGUAUUUUUUCCUCAGUUGCCUCUCCUUUGUAGAUGCCUGCUAUUCAACUGCCAUUGCACCCAAAAUGCUGGUGAACCUCUUGGUUGUGAAGGGAGCUAUUUCUUUUCCUGCUUGCAUGGUGCAACAUUUGUGUUUUGGGGUGUUCGUUACCACAGAAGGCUUCCUGCUUUCAGUCAUGGCCUAUGACCGUUACGUGGCCAUUGUGAACCCUUUGCUCUACACUGUCACCAUGUCAAGGAGAAAGUGUGUAGGGUUGGUCACUGGGUCAUGGAUAUGUGGAACAAUUAAUUCUUUAAUACACACAAUCAGCUUGGGAAGACUGUUCUUUUGUGGCCCAAAUGUUGUCAGUCACUUUUUCUGUGAUAUCCCCUCACUGCUAAAGCUGUCGUGUUCUGAUACCUCCAUGAAUGAGCUGUUGUUGUUAACCUUCUCUGGGGUCAUCGCCAUGGCCACAUUCUUGAUCGUAAUCAUUUCCUAUCUGUUCAUUGUGGUUGCUAUUCUGAGGAUCCGCUCAGCAGCAGGGAGACGGAAAGCCUUCUCAACCUGUGCUUCCCACCUGACAGCUGUGACCAUCUUUUAUGGUACCUUAAGUUUUAGUUACAUUCAGCCAAGUUCUCAGUAUUCUGUAGAACAGGAGAAAGUCGUUGCCGUGUUCUAUACAUUAGUGAUUCCCAUGUUAAACCCAUUGAUUUAUAGUCUGAGAAAUAAAGAAGUAAAGGACGCUGUGAAAAAGGCCAUGGAGAUGAAACAUUUUCCCUGUUGA